AUGUUUGCUAAUGCCUUUUUGGCCAAAGGGGCUAAACUGUAUGGACUGCAUCAAGUGUGUCUCAUGCUCUCUGGCUUCCAUUUGUCCAGCCAAUGGGGAUCUGCAGCAGAAGCAAAUAAGAUAUAUGAAAAGGAGGAUAUUUCAGAAGAGGUAGAGGAUAUCACUAGGUGAUUCAGGAAAGAAUCUAAAUCACAGUUGGUGGGGGAGCCUGGAUUUACUAAAGAAACCUCAGAUCUAUUAAAGGAAACUUCUGAUGGGAAAUCUUCCGACUAGAUUUGUGAAACACAUCCUGGAAUGGAUACAUUAGGUAUACAUGAUGAUACAGCAAUACUCUCCUCUGAAAGUAAGUCUAAGAUAAAUGAAGAACAAAGGAAAACUCAAUUUUCCAAAGGAGUUGAUAUACAUGACAGUUUGCAGUCAACAACAGAAACUACACCAGGUCGGUCAUUAUCAAUAACUCAGAUGACUGCUGAAUAUCAGGCUUCUGUUGACUUCCUAUCUCAUGAAACAUUAGGAGAAAGCAGUCUACAACUCUCUGAAGAAAAUCAGAAUGGGCUUGACUUAGGGUCAGAUAAUUUUACAGUUAACCUCAAGGCCAAAGGUUUACAAGAAUUCCCUAAGGACAUUUUAAAAAUAAAAUAUAUAAAAUAUCUAUAUUUAGAUGAGAACCUAAUCAAAAGUUUUGAAGGAACAGACUUAGGUGAUCUGCUAGGACUUGAAAUUCUGUCCUUGCAAGAUAAUGGAUUAUCAUCACUUCCACCUGAAAUUCAGUUACUUCUCAAUUUAAGGAUAUUAAAUGUCAGUCACAACCAAAUAUCACAUAUUCCUAAAGAAAUAUCACACCUUGAGAAUAUCAGGCAACUCUUUUUAAAUAACAAUUACAUUGAAAAUUUUCCUUCUGGCUUAGAAAGUCUCAUAAACUUGGAAACUUUAGACUUGGGUAAAAAUAAAUUAAGCUAUAUACCAGAUACCUUGUCUAGUUUAAAAAAUUUGAGUACUCUCAAUCUGGAAUACAACAAGUUAACAAUGUUGCCUAAAAUUCUGUGCUUUCUUCCAAAGUUAAUUUCACUAAACCUUACUGGAAACCUAGUGAGCAGUUUGCCAAAAGAAAUUAGGGGGCUUAAAAUUUUAGAAAAACUUCUACUGGAUCACAAUAAACUUAUAUUUUUGCCAGUGGAAAUUUUUCAGUUGUUCAAAAUCCAAGAACUCCAACUGGCUGACAAUAAAUUAGAAGUUAUUUCACACAAAAUUGAAAAUUUUAGGAAACUUAGGAUUCUAAUGCUUGAUCAAAAUUUAUUGCAAGAAAUACCAGAGAAUAUUUCCCACUGUGUAAUGUUGGAAUGCCUUAGUCUUAGUGAUAAUAAAUUAACAAAACUUCCUAAGAACAUCCACAAGCUUAAAAAUUUAAGAAAAUUUCACAUAAACAGAAAUAAUAUUGUGAGAAUACCUGAAGAUAUCGCAUAUCUUAAUAAUAUGUUUAGUCUAGGAUUUUCAGGAAAUAUAAUCACAGAUGUUCCCAUUGAAAUAAAAAACUGCAGGGAAAUAACUAAAGUUGAAUUGGAUUAUAAUAAAAUAGCCUAUUUUCCAGUAGGUUUGUGUGCUUUAGAGCAUCUAUAUUAUUUGAGUAUUAAUGGAAAUUAUAUUUCAGAAAUACCUGUGGAUAUAUCUUUCAGUAAACAACUGCUUCAUCUAGAGAUUAAGGAAAACAAACUCCUCAUAUUUUCUGAGCACUUAUGUUCUCUUAUUAAACUUCAAUACCUGGAUCUUAGUAAAAACCAAAUAAGGAAAAUUCCAUCAUCUAUUUCCAAAAUGAUAUCACUCCACAUUCUUAUCUUACGCUGUAAUAAAUUUGAAACUUUUCCUAUAGAAGUGUGUGCUUUAACAAAUUUGCAAGUACUUGAUAUUUCAGAAAACCAAAUACAGAAAAUCCCUUCAGAGAUCUGUAAUUUAAAAGGAAUCCAGAAAUUAAACAUCUCAAGCAAUCAGUUUAUAUAUUUUCCUAUUGAACUGUGUCAACUUCAAUCAUUGGAAGAGCUGAAUAUUAGUCAGACAAAUGGAAGGAAGUUAACAAGGCUUCCACAAGAGCUGUCUAAUAUGACUCAACUUAAAGGACUUGAUAUUUCAAAUAAUGCAAUCAGAGAGAUUCCAAGAAGUAUAGGGGAAUUGAGAAGUUUGGUUAGUUUAAAUGCCUACAACAAUCAAAUAAAUUCUCUGCCACCAUCUUUUCUAUCUUUAAACAAACUCCAGCAACUAAACUUGAGUGGGAAUAAUCUGACAGCUCUGCCUACUGGUAUCCACAACCUUUCUUCACUGAAGGAUAUAAAUUUUGAUGAUAACCCUUUGCUGAGACCUCCAAUGGAAAUCUGUAAAGGAAAACAAUUGUAUACCAUUGCAUGCUAUCUACAGAGGGCAGAUGAAAGAGAUGAGAAAAUCUUAGAGAAGAUCUUCAAGAUAGUCGCCAACAACAUCACUGAAGCAAAUUUCCAAUUUUUGUGUCAAAAAUUAAACCUGGUAAUCUCAGAAACAGAUAUGUCUACAAAGAGCACUGUUUCAUUAAGUGAGAGAGUCCAACAAGCACUUGACAGGUGGAAAAUGGAUAGUAACAACUUGUCCAGUACUGCUUUAAGAGACCAACUAACUCGGGCGCUAACUAUGAUAGGAGCAUAUGAAAUUAUGGACAAAAUAACAGCUUUAAAACUUUUUACAUGUGCACUUAAAUUCUGAACAGUGUAUCCAUAACAAAAACUGAAAACUUUUGAUGCACUUAU